CGGGGCUCCGGCGGGAGCGUGGCCGGCUGGGCUCGGCCCGGUGUAGCUGCCUUCGGCGGGAGCGCGCGGGCGCAGCACCAUGGAGUCAGGCAGCAAGAUGACAGCUCGCUUGAUGCUGGCAGUGGGAGGAGCAGUGCUGGGCUCCCUGCAGUUUGGCUAUAAUACUGGAGUCAUCAAUGCCCCGCAGAAGGUGAUUGAAGAGUUCUACAACCAGACGUGGCUAACUCGCUAUGAGGAGCCGAUCACCGCUGGCACCCUCACCACCCUGUGGUCCCUCUCCGUUGCCAUAUUCUCCGUUGGGGGAAUGGUUGGCUCCUUCUCCGUUGGGCUGUUUGUCAAUCGCUUUGGCCGACGGAACUCCAUGCUGAUGUCAAACAGUCUCGCCUUCCUGGCAGCCAUCCUGAUGGGGUUCUCCAAGGUGGCUUAUUCCUUCGAGAUGCUGAUCCUGGGCCGCUUCAUCGUUGGGUUGUAUUCUGGCCUCACCACUGGUUUUGUGCCCAUGUAUGUGGGUGAGGUGUCUCCAACAGCACUGAGAGGGGCUCUUGGAACGUUCCACCAGCUCGGCAUAGUCGUGGGCAUCCUCAUCGCACAGGUGUUUGGGAUGGACUUGAUCAUGGGGAAUGAGUCACUCUGGCCGCUCCUGCUGGGCUUCACCUUUAUCCCUUCCUUGCUGCAAUGUAUCAUCCUGCCCUUCGCCCCCGAGAGCCCCCGGUUCCUCCUUAUCAAUCGCAACGAGGAGAACAAAGCCAAGAGUGUCCUGAAGAAGCUCAGAGGGACAACAGACGUCAGCAGCGACCUGCAGGAGAUGAAGGAAGAGAGCCGGCAGAUGAUGAGGGAGAAGAAGGUCACAAUACUGGAGCUCUUCCGCUCCCCUUUGUAUCAACAGCCAAUCCUCAUUGCCAUUGUGCUGCAGUUGUCGCAGCAGCUCUCGGGGAUCAAUGCGGUCUUCUACUAUUCUACCAGCAUCUUUGAAAAGUCGGGCGUGGAGCAGCCCGUCUAUGCCACCAUAGGCUCCGGGGUGGUGAACACAGCUUUCACGGUUGUCUCGCUCUUUGUGGUAGAGCGAGCCGGGCGCAGGACUCUGCACCUCAUUGGCCUGGCUGGGAUGGCUGGCUGCGCAGUGCUCAUGACCAUCGCCCUGGUGUUGCUGGACCAAAUGGCCUGGAUGUCCUACAUCAGCAUCAUUGCCAUCUUUGGGUUUGUGGCUUUCUUUGAGAUUGGCCCAGGCCCCAUCCCUUGGUUUAUCGUGGCAGAAUUGUUCAGCCAAGGCCCUCGCCCUGCCGCCUUCGCCAUUGCAGGCUUGUCCAAUUGGACCUCCAACUUCAUCGUGGGCAUGGGCUUCCAGUAUGUGGAGCAACUCUGCGGCCCAUAUGUCUUCAUCAUCUUCACGGUGCUGCUGAUCCUCUUCUUCAUCUUCACCUACUUCAAGGUGCCCGAGACGAGGGGCCGGACCUUUGAUGAGAUCGCCUCCGGGUUCCGCCAGGGCAGUGCCAGCCAGAGCGACAAGACGCCCGAUGAGUUCCACAGCUUGGGAGCAGACUCCCAGGUCUAACAAGCCAGCAGCUCGUGCCUCUGCUCCAACCACUGAACUUCUCUCCCGAGUGUUUUAAUGCUUGUACAGAAACCAGGCAGGAGGGAUUUGAGGGUGGGGCGGUCAGGUGCAUUUGUUCCGUCUCCAGAGUCUCCCACCUGGUUGGCCAGCAAUAUACUGACACACAUUUGCUAAGAACAAUUGUAGCUGGUUUCACGUCCAGGAUUUCAAAGAUGAUAGGUUCAGAAACAACUACUAAUGUUUUAAACCAACCAACCACCUCCAGUUUUGUGAGCUGGAGGGAUCUCCCUUAUUAACAAAGCAACAGGUUUUUUAACGAGAAGUUUUUAAAAGGUCAAUAUUUUCAAGGGUUUUCAUCACCGAACAAAGCCUGUUGUUUUAUUACGUAUUUUAAAAAGCAAAUUUUUAAUGUCUCAAACUGUCUAAAAUUUCAAACCCCCAGUGGGUUGGGGGAGCAGGAUUCUACCCUCCAGAGACUAGGGGGGAAGUGGGCAAGGAUUUUAAUGUUAAUGGAUUCAUUCUGUUCUUCUAAAACUCUGAGCAGUAGCUACACCUGAACUGGGCCCCAAGAGAAGCUCUGAAAGGGCUGUAGUGCUGUAGUGAUACGUGGACAGUCCUAGGGGGACCUGUCUUCUGGGGUCACCGCCACAUCUCCCAGGAUUUAGAAUCUCCAGUGGCAGUUUUUCAGUCCUUCAGAACCUGUCCCCAUCCAAAUCUACUUCCCCCACCUAAAUGAAUCAUUUCCUCUGAGUCAGAUGGGUACAGUUUGGGUGGGGUGAGGGUUUUGUUUGGGGGCUGGGCUCUUUGGGGGUUGGGAGAAAGUUAAAAACUACUGUGGCUUGUUUUAAGUCUGGCAAUAUUUGCCUUAUAGGUCAAUUGCAGCGUAUGUGGGCAGGGGAGCCUCACUACUGAAAAGUCAGCAGCAACCUGCCCGCUUUGCUCAUUGUUAAAAACAAACCAACUCUCCAGAAUUGAAAUCUAGUCUUGCUUUGCUCCCACCACAAGCUACCCUUGUGUUGAAAUCGUAUCUGAGAAGCAGGAGUGAUAUGUUUACAGGCCGCAAAAGCCAGUUUGGGGCAAAAUAACCUGGCUGAUGAGACAAUACAAACACUAGCCCAGUCACUACCUUGCAAGCCCGAGACUCUCAGAAAUUAAUCAGUUGAAUGAAGACACACAUUUCCUGCUUUAUGUAUAGACUGGAAGAUAUUUAUAUAUAUAUAUAUAUAUAUUUGUUCAAUGGUGUUAAUAGUAGACAUUAAGUUAUAGUGUUUCUGAUUGACAAGCAAAGUACUGUAAAUAUUCUUGAAUUAUAUUCACAUUGUACAAUGUAAACAGAUACAGACUUAUAGUUUCUAUAGCAACUGUACCGAAAGACUUGUUCAAUAGAAUGAACUUUUGUAUAGUUAACUUACCUGCACUGUAGUUGCAUCUGUUGCACUGAAUUUUAGUCUUAGCAUAUUACAAACAAACAAACAAACAAAAACCUGUCAUUUACAAAACAAACGCCUUCCCUAGAGUGCAUGUUUUAGAGGCUCAUGGCACAUUUCCAAAGCAAAACGCAGCUAUUUAAUAGUAUUUUUUUAUUUAUUUGUCUGUUUUUAAAGUGGCUACAUGACCACACUUGAAAGAAAAUAAACUUAGGAAAAAAUCA